AAAGGGGGCAACAACGUGUUCGCUUUUUGUGUGACGUUGUGCGUUGUGCCAGCUUGCGCUCUCUCAGUUCCUUCACUCGGCUCGCAGCUCGUCACAAUGCCAGCGUCACCAAGUUCCACGUCGGUCGGUGCCGGAGGCAGGUCCCCCAAGACAACUGCACCCCGAUCAAGCGCUAGCUCCACCGUGAAACAGAGGAAAACCACGACCGCCAGCAGUGGAAGGACGCGCACGCCCAAUGCCGCAGGCGGUGGCAUGUGGAAGUUCUACACGGACGACUCGCCCGGAAUCAAAGUUGGCCCAGUUCCAGUUUUGGUGAUGAGCCUUCUCUUCAUUGCCUCCGUCUUCAUGCUCCACAUCUGGGGAAAGUACACCAGGUCGUGAAGGCUCUUCUACCUCACCUCCCUCUGGGACCACCUGCUCCACCCAAGUUGUCUGUACAAUGGAUCAAUCAAUACACGUGCAAUGUUCUCUCCCUGGA